AUGGGAGCUGUUCUCAAUCGACAACGAUCGGAUGCUGAACUACAAUCGCCAGUUCUUGCUUAUGAAGCAACAACAAACAAUCGUUAUCAUUCCAUACCGGGUCUCACAACGUUACCAUAUGGUUAUGAAUCACGAAGCAGUAAUUUUGGUCACAGAUUUAAUACAUUUGCAAGGCCUCAUGUAAGCGUGAGUACUGUAAAAACUGAUUCGACUGAUUAUCAUUUUUAUUCUCGUCAAUCGAUAAUACCAUCAAACGGUUCCAAAGAUAUUCUUCGGCAGAGCUUUAUUCAAUCGAAUUUUCGACAAAGUCCCUUUGCUAUACAGAGAAAUAUAGCUGAACAAUGGCCAGGUAACAGAGCACUCACUCAUUCUGACUCACAUUUGUCUGGAAAGCAAGAUAUCAUAGUGCCUAAAAAUAGCAACUUCACAGCAAAUCGAUAUAUUAGGUCAUCAAACUUUGGCCCAUAUAGUAGUCAAGGAUACAACGAAACUGACAAAAAUGUGCCAACAUCUCAGAAGACUAAUAUGUUUAAUGGCCCCUUCUCUUCAUCGUCGUCACCCAAUAAUCGACGUGCUUCGCCUAACUCUACGGAUAUAGAUUGGGCCAGUGCACCCUAUGAAUACCGUCGAGGACAACAGGCAAAGAAAAAGAAGCAAACAAAAAUGAAUCGUCUUUGUUACUGCGGUUCACCGUUGUGUAUAUUUGCUACUAUAGUAGGAGCUAUUUUAUUAGCCGCCGCGAUUGCUACGCCGUUAGCUGUGCUGUUGACCGCUAAUAAAUCAUCUACUACGGUGCAAACCUGUGGAGCUACAUGUCUCAAUCAAACAUGGAUCCAAUCAACAAAUCUUCUUGCUAAAUGGCUUUUUGAUGGAGACUUCGUCGAUCAAACUAACGCCUACAAUGCGACCGCAACAAAUAGUCCAUCAUUCACAACAACCAGUUAUAGAAAUCAAGCUCUGAGUUUGAAUUCUGCUAGCAGUCAACAUUUAACAGCACCAUACGUGCCUCUCUAUAUGUCAAGUUUUACAAUUGAAAUUUGGCUUUAUCCGACUGGUUAUCCCAAUGUACUCGAUCACAGUAUCAUAGGUCUGUGUCCAGUAGCCGCAGCCCAAAAUUGUUUGUUUUUUGCAAUACGAACUAAUGGCUCUAAGCAUUAUUUCUAUUUUGGAUUUUACAGUAGCAACGAUAUACUUGGCACUAUUAAUGUCAAAGCAAAUGUUUGGGUUCAUGUUGCAUUUGUUUUCAACCAAAACACAUUAAUACAAUCAAUCUAUGUUAACGGAUACCUUGAUACUAGUGGCACAGCCUUAACUCCUCUACUUUCAAGUUCAGGCGAUGUUGAAAUUGGUUGCGUUCAAAAUAUUGCAUCAACCUAUGGAAGCAACUACUUUGAAGGCUACAUGGAUGAGUUAACCAUCAGUAAUCGCGUGAAAUCUUCAUGCGAAAUUCUUGAGGAUUUUUCAUUCGGUGCUCAGUUCAAAUUCAAUAGCGGAUCGUCGCUGACUGACUCCGGUCCCAACUCUCUUGUCGGAACAGAUUUUUCCACAUCAUUUGAUGCAGGUCAUUCCGGCGAAUCGAUUUCGUUCAAUGGAUCCGCUUAUUUCCAAAUCUCAAGUGUUCCCUGUGUUGCUAUGAUCAGUCAAGCUUUCUCUCUUGCGCUCUGGAUACAGCCAAAUUCUCGCGUCGGCACCUUGGCGCAUGUGUCCACGGACCCAUUAGGUAGAGGAUCAUGUGCUUCAUUCCUUGGUUUCUAUACCAAUGGUAGAUUGGCUGCUCAAAUACUUAAUGGUGGCCCUCCUAAAUUUGUGCUUGCGCCAUCUCUUAUCGACCUUUCGCCGAAUUGGACUCACGUCGUACAAACAUGGAGUAGUGCCAACGGAUUACGGCUAUAUGUCAACAAUGUUCUGGUGGCAUCGAAUAGCUCACUCAGUUCUUAUCGAACGCCUUUUACAUCACCAGUUUAUGUUACUUUAGCGAAUAGUCUUACUGCUUUGGGCUAUUGCUACAAUGCAGCUAUUGACAUGGCAAAUGCAUUCAAUGGUGAUAUUGAUGAUUUCAGGGUAUAUUGUAGAGAACUAAGUGUCAGUGAUAUCUGCACUAUUUACAAUAGCUAG